GAGGGAUCCCGGGGGUAUUCGGGGGUCUCUGAGGGGUCCUGGGGGUCUCUGAGGGGAUCCCGGGGUGUUCUGGGGUCUAUGAGGAGUCCCAGGAGUCUCUGAGGUGUCCCGGGGGUUUGUGAGGGGAUCCCGGGGGUCUCUGAGGCGUCCCGGGGGUGCUUGGCGGUCUCUGAGGGAUCCCGGAAUAUUCGAGGGUCUGUGAGGGGAUCCCGGAGUAUUCGAGGGUCUGUGAGGGGAUCCCGGGGGUCUCUGAGGUAUCCCGGAGGUCUGUGAGGGGAUCCCGGGGGUCUCUGAGGUGUCCCCGGUCCCCGCUGCCGCCGGACGCUGCUCUCGCAGCGAUGUGUGUGUGCUCGUAGCGGGGUUUCGGUGCGAGGCCAUGGCCGGCAGCAGCAGCAGCAGCAGCAGCAGCCCGAGCCCCUCGGCCGAGCAGGCGCUGCUGCGGGCCGGGCUGGCGCUGUCCGAGCGGCCCGGGGCGCUGCGGGAGCUGGGCGCGCUGCUGGCGGCGGCGGAGCCGGGCUGCCUGCUGGGCUCGGCGGGCCCCGCGGCGCUGGCGCAGCUGGCGGCGGCGCUGGUUGGGCUGGCGGCCCCGCCGCGCCGGGAGCAGGACGGGGCCGAGCCGCCGGGCCGGGACGCGGCGCUGGCCGCCGUGGCGGAGCGGGCGGAGCGCGUUGGCGCCGUGUUCCUGCUGCUCCUGCAGAAGCUGGAGGAUGCCCGGAGCCAGCAGCCACCGAGCAAGGUGCUGGGACACGCGUUCAUCUUUGCUGUCACGCACAAAGACGAGAGGCCCUGGACCACGGCGAGGAGUCGGGCGGUGGCUCAGGAGGUGCUGGAGCGGCUGGUCCGGGCUGCGGGCUGCGGGUCCGUGGAGGAAUUCCUGCGGGGGAAGGAGGAGGAUGAGGAAGGAAGAUUCGGAGUGGUGAUGGGGAUCCUGAAGCAGGAGUUGACCAAAGACACCUGGAAGCGUAACCCUGCCUCCAAAGACGUGUUCUCCUGGGCUCUGCUCCGCGUCAGCCGGCCCUGGCUGUGCCCACACCUGGAGCGGGUCCUGCCGCCCGCGCUGCUCCUCUCCGACGACUUCCAGGAGGAGAACAAAGUGCUGGGCGUGCGCUGCCUGCACCACAUCGUCCUCAACGUGCCAGGGGCGGAUCUGUGCCAGUUCAACAGGGCCCAGGUGGUGUUCCACGCCCUCUACAACCACCUCUACUCACGGGAGGCCCCUCUCAUCCAGGCAGUGCUGCUGUGCCUGCUGGACCUGCUGCCCGUCCUGGAGCGAUGCCAGCGGCGCCAGGGCCACGGCAGAGCCACCUCCCCCUGGGACCAGGUGCUGCAGCUGGUGCUGACCCACAUGGAGGCCGAGCACCGGCUGGCACUGCGCCGGGUCUACGCUGGGACCCUGCCUGCCUUUGUCACCAGACUGGGCAUCCUCAUCGUGAGGCACCUGAAGAGGCUGGAGCGAGUCAUCCUGGGCUACCUGGAGGUCUCUGAUGGCCCCGGGGAAGAGGCCAGACUGGGAAUCCUGGAGACCCUGCAGUGCACCAUAGAGCAUGCCUGGCCCAGGAUGCCCUGCAGGCUCCCCGUGCUCCUCAAGGCCCUGCUGAGGCUGCUCUGGGACGUUCACACGGAGCGGGGCCCGACCCCCGAGCCCGUCAGGGCUGCCCUGCUGCACAGGGCCACCCAGUGCCUCAUCCUGCUGGACCGCUGCUGCCAGGGCCAGGUCAAGGUGCUGCUGGCAGGGGUGCACAGCAGCUGUGAGGAGGACCGGGUGCGGGAGUGCCUCAGGAAGGUGCAGGAGAGCACCUGACACUGCUCACCCCCUUUUGUACAAUAAAAUGUUGUAUUUAUUGAAA